GAAAACAUUCAAAGUUUCUGAUUGUCAUUUUGGUCUGAUUGCAAAACGAGUGUUUCUGAUCCUGGUUGCUUGCCUUGGGUUUAAAUCUGUUUAAAGUUUUCUGUAAAUUCUUACAUAUUGACGCCCCAGUAAGUGCAAAAAAGUAACAAAGGAAUCUACAAAAUGGAGAUCGACGAGGAAGAGUUCGAGCAACCCACAUCCAGUAGCAGCCGGGGUGAGCGGAAACGAUUCGAAGUAAAGAAGUGGAAUGCCGUCGCUCUAUGGGCUUGGGAUAUUGUGGUAGACAACUGCGCUAUUUGCCGUAAUCACAUCAUGGACUUGUGCAUCGAGUGCCAAGCGAAUCAAGCAUCUGCCACCAGUGAGGAAUGUACGGUCGCUUGGGGUGUAUGCAAUCACGCAUUUCACUUCCACUGCAUCUCAAGGUGGCUCAAAACGCGUCAGGUUUGCCCGCUAGAUAACAGAGAAUGGGAAUUCCAGAAAUACGGACAUUAGGGUUGUUUUGGGUUUGCCUUAACGUUCUUUAUUCUGCUGUGAAAACGUUCAAAUACGAUCUAUAAUUGAUGUGGCCGGAAUAAAUGGUUCAAGAGCAUUGAAAUUAUGAUUCUAAUUUUUGUUUG